AUGGACCCUCCAAAACCACCGACACAAACAUUUCGUGCUGGCUGUAAAAAGUGUGGCUUCACUGGUCAUUUGACCUUCCAGUGCAGAAACUACCUUCGAGCGGAUGCCGCCGGAGGUGUCGUUUUGGAUGUUGAAAGCACGAGUUCCGAAUCGGAGGUAGACGAGGUCCUAAAGGCAGCUAUUGAGGCUAAACAGGCCGAACUGGAGGCCGCUGCGGCCAAGGCAGCCAAGAAGGCUUCCAAGAAGAAAAAGAAGAAACACCAUGGCCAGUGA